UAAAAUUAAAAAAAAAACAUUUUUUGACACAUUUUGCUGUAACCAUAACCAGUAACCACAGCAUCCAUCCAUCUUUGUCGAUAUCUUGUUGUUGAAUGAAUUUGUGUACGUAAUAGAAAUUGAUCAAUAUGGGUUUCGUUGUUACCUCGCUAAUCUUCCUACUCAUCGGAAUUAUCGCUUCUUUUUCUACAACUAUUUGCUUCAACAAAGGAUCUUCUUCUAAUCUUUUUCACCUAACUUUGGUCCUUACUUCAACAAUAUGCUGUUGGAUGAUGUGGGCGAUUGUAUAUCUGGCACAGAUGAACCCUCUCAUAGUUCCCAUAUUGAGUGGCGAAUAGUUCUGUAUAAACAAAUGUAAAUCCUCAAGUAGAGUACAAGUCACAGAUUGGCUGCUUGAGAAAAUAUGAUUUCAGCUCUCAUGAAUCAUUCAAUAUAUUCUAUGGAUCAACAAUGUUAUAAUUGAUGUAUUUAAGACUCAUCCGUUUCAGAAGUUAGUAAAUAGUUGGGGUAUGUAUUUUAGGGAAAUAAGUUGAUCAAUGUUGAUUAUUUGGUUUUUGUAUUUAUAUGAAGAAAUUAAGCUAUGAUAAUUGAGAGGGAGAAAUCAUUCAUGCAAAUCUUGUUCUUAUAUGUAUUAUGUAAUGUAUGUAUGAUGUAUGAUUCUGAAAAAUAGAAUGAGUCAUUUUAUUUUGUUGAGGAAAA